AUGUUGACACCGACAGUAACUAGCAAGCUUAUCAUAGGUAAACACCGAGUGGUUUACACGUACCCGCUAAGAAUUCUAAGUGGCUUAAAUACUCCAUCUGCCUAUCCAAAUCAAUGGGAACAUCAUCCCUUACUCAAAAUGGCCUGUGGCUGA